AUGGAAACCAUAGCAACAGUGUUAUCUUCUUGUGUGAUUCUUCUUCUAUCUGCUUUAAUAUGGAGAUCGUUCAACUGGGUUUGGUUAACACCAAAGAAGCUCGAGAAACACCUGAAGAAGCAAGGUCUCCGAGGAAAUCCUUACAGGCUAUUGUUUGGAGACUUGAAAGAUAUUUCAGCCUUGUUGGAAGAAGCUCACUCCAAGCCAGUUAACAUUUCUGAUGAUAUCGUCCCCAGAGUUAUACCUCAAUUCCUUGAAACAAUCAAGAAAUAUGGUAAGAAAACAUAUAUAUGGGUUGGACCAAAGCCGAUAAUCUUCAUCAUGGACCCUGAACUUAUAAAGGAGGUCACCCAGAAGAUAUAUCUCUUUCAAAAGCCCCACAUUAAUCCCUUGGCUAAGUUGUUAGUUGAAGGACUUGGAAGCUACGAAGGAGACAAAUGGGCUAAACACAGAAAGAUAGUCAAUCCAGCUUUCCAUGUCGAGAAGUUGAAGCUUAUGGUUCCAUCAUUUCGUACGUGUGCUCGUGAGAUGUUGAGUGAAUGGGAAGAGAUUUCUUCGUCAAAAGCAUCAUUCGAGCUGGAUGUUUGGCCAUCCCUUCAGAAUGUAAGUUGUGAUGCGAUUUCUCGAACAGCAUUUGGUAGUAGCUACCAAGAAGGAAGGAGGAUUUUUGAACUUCAAAAGGAACAAACUGAAUACUGGUUCAAAGUGAUAUUUUCAGUAUAUAUCCCUGGAUGGAGGUUCAUGCCUACUAAAACUAACCGAAGAAUGAAGCAAAUUGCAAAGGAUGUUGAAGAUAAGAUUAUGGAGAUCAUCAAACCUAGAAUAGAGGGCAUACAAGCAGGGGAAGCCUAUGAUAGGGACUUGUUAGGUAUGCUACUCGAAUCGAAUUUUAAAGAAAUCGAAAACCAUGGUCACGACUCUGCCAUAACUAUCAGAGAGGUAAUUGAAGAAUGCAAACUGUUCUAUUUUGCGGGACAAGAAACCACCUCUGUGCUGCUUGUGUGGACAAUGUUUCUGCUUAGUAGGCACCCUGACUGGCAAGAGAGAGCAAGAGAUGAGGUUUUGCAACUCUUUGGCAAUAAAGAACCCGAUUUCGAAGGACUAAAUCACCUCAAAAUUGUGACGAUGAUACUAUGGGAGGUUUUAAGGCUAUACGUGCCUGUACCUAUGCUUACUCGAACAAUUGCUGAAGAAACCAGGUUAGGAGAUCUAUCUCUCCCAGCUGGAGCGUUAGUUUCAUUACCGGCAAUGCUUUUGCAUCGCGACCCUGAAAUAUGGGGGGAAGAUGCGAAUGAAUUCAGGCCGGAGAGGUUUGCAGAAGGCGUGUCGAAUGCAACCAAGGGACAGGUAGCAUUCUUUCCAUUUGGAUGGGGACCUCGUAUCUGCAUUGGACAAAACUUCGCAAUGUUGGAAGCAAAAUUGGUUUUGGCAAUGAUUCUGCAACGUUUCUCCUUCCAUCUUUCGCCAGCUUAUUCGCAUGCCCCCCGUUCCAUUAUAACGCUUCAACCUCAGUAUGGUGCUCACUUAGUUUUGCAAAAGCUGUAG